AUGUGGUACCUGCCUCUACAUUACCAUCCCACAGUUAGUCACCAAAGUUACUCGACAACUCAUAUCUCUGCAGCGGCUCCAAUACAAGGACACCGACCCGAGGCAAAUUUCAAAUGCUCCAACUGUAAUCGAGUCUACUUGAGACAAUCGUGCUUGAAACGUCACAUGCGAGUUGAAUGUGGAAAAGCUCCCAAGUAUCAGUGUCAAUUUUCGGAAGACUUAAGUCUAGCGUCCAGUUUGAAAUGGGCGGCAGCCUGGCAAAAGUUAGCAGAAAACGUCCCGUCCAUCAUGUGGAGAUCAGGAAUAACCCUUGGUAAAGGUUUAGAUACUUCCGUUAUCUCGGCAAAUGAAGGUUUUAGCUGUUCAGCUUGUGGAAGAGUCUACAAACUUAAAAGCAGCUUGAGGAACCACCAGAAGUGGGAAUGCGGCAAGGAACCUCAAUUUCAAUGUCCACAUUGCGUUUAUAGAGCCAAGCAAAAGAUGCACAUCUCACGGCACAUGGAGCGCAUGCACAAGGAGAAACUUUACAAGCAGGAAUUGAUGUAA